AUGGCUUUUCGCGGCGAACGAUUCGUUCUCAAUCUAGAUGAUGAUUCUGGUACUCCAGAAAUCCCCUCUCCGUUCUCCCUCAUCGGUGAGAUCCAAGAACGGGCUCCAUCCACCGCCACUCCCCCCGCGCCUAAACCACCAACGUUGUCGGCCUCCUUAACUGGGUUCCCUGCACCUCGCCAGCGGAAGCCGUCUUCUUUCAAACAGCGACGAGCAAACCCGCCUGAUACCCUGGCAUCUUCUACGAAACCGACCCUUCAGGAUGACAAAAAGUCUAUCGAUGAGGAGAACCGCCGUCAGCUGGCAGCAAUGUCAGAUGUGCAGAUCCAGCAGGAACGAGAAGAGCUGAUGGAACAGAUGGAUCCGGGGCUACUGCAACGAUUUCUCCGCAGAGCAAAUAUUGAAGAAGAUCAAAAGACUGACCUCGAACCACCACCACCUGCCGCCGACGAAAACUCCAAGCCGAGAAAAUCUGUCUCGUUCGAUAUCCCUGCUUCAUCCGCGCCGGCUUCUGCACCAACUGCACAGUCUCAUUCUAUAUCAAAACCAUCACCCAAACCUCUCUCCCGUAAUGAAGACCUUCCUCCAACCACCCUUCCCCAGGACCUCCACCCAGCCUCUCAACGGCCCUCUCUCGACCCCGCUACUCUCGAAACCUUCCACUUCCCUCAACCGAAAACCCCAAUGCCAGUUCUGGAUCCAUCCUCGCCAUCGUUCCUAUCAGACCUCCAGUCGCACUACUUCCCCGAGAUUGCCCAGGAUCCUUCAACGCUAUCUUGGCUGCAACCUCUCUCCGCCGACGAGGAAGACCCAGACUCGACCUCGGCCUACCACCCAGCCAGCAACGCCAUCUCAAUGGCGCCCUCGGCAAUCCGUUUCUCACUGAGAGGCACCAUUCUCGCCCCCGAAACAUCACUCUCUCUCCCAACAACUAUGGGCCUGCAUCACCAUGGCGAGGACCCGCAUGCCGCGGGGUACACGAUCCCCGAGUUAGCGAUUCUCUCGCGUUCUACCUUCCCCGCUCAGCGGUGCAUUGCAUGGCAAGUCAUUGGUCGCAUCCUGUUCCGUCUCGGCCGCGCAGAGUUCGGCGAGCGGGGUGGGCAGUUGUCCGACGGACUGUGGUUCGUUAUUGAAAAGGAAGGCGUUGUUGCUGGUAUGCUUGCUGAGGCCGAUGGCGCUGCCGGUCAGACCCAAGGUAGAAGCAAGGGCAAGGAUCAGCAAAAUGCUGAGGGUAAUGACAUGCCUCUUGCAUCCGGUGUUGGUCGUCAUGCUAGUGCUGCUGCGUGGGCGGUUGAGGGUAUAUGGCUGUGGCAGAAGGGUGGUGGUGGUGAUCGCGGGUUGUUGAAGGAAAACCAACACCGCUCUCUUUAG